AUGACUACCAAUAUUCCUUCCACUCGCCCAGUCCAUACUGUGGCCGAGAUCCUCGCCCAGGACAAGAGUUCUGUCUUCGCCCUCACCCCAUCACUCAUCCAUCUCUACGCAAUCCUCGCUCCAGCCUGCCUCGUCGUGUGUGCAACCAACGGUUAUGAUGGAAGUGUCCUUACAUCCCUUCAAGGUGUAACCGCAUGGAAAGACCAAUUCGGUUCCCCCAAGGGCGCUCUUCUCGGUAUCACCAGCGCUUCUUAUCCGCUCGGUGCCAUCAUCUCGACUCCCUUUUCGGCUUAUAUCUCGGAUCGAUUCGGUCGUCGACUGUCUAUCAUCAUUGGGAGCUUCAUAAUGAUGAUUGGAGUCAUUGUCCAGUGUGCCAGCACAAACAUCGAAACUUUUAUCGGAGGACGUAUCAUCGUUGGCUUCGGUAUCACACUCGCUCUCGCUGCUGCCCCAGUUCUUAUCUCUGAGCUCGCCCAUCCUCGACAUCGAGUUCUCUUUGGCUCGCUAUACAAUACGAGCUUCUAUCUUGGUGCUCUUCUGGCCGGAUGGGUAGCGUUUGGGAGUUAUCGCAUUCAUAGCGCUUGGGCUUGGCGUCUUCCAACUCUUCUUCAAGCUGGGCCAGCCUGUAUCCAAGUGUGUUUCGUAUUUUUUCUGGAUGAAUCUCCUCGGUGGUUGGCAUUUAAGGAUCGAGGGGAUGAGGCGUACAGGGUGUUGGUGAAGAAUCAUGGCGAUGGUGACUGGGAUAGUCCUCUUAUACAAGCUGAGUUCUGGGAGAUGAACGAAACUCUAAAAGCCGAGCGUGAGAUCGAAGGAAAGGGCCUCGGGCUUUUCCUUGAUACACCCGCAAACCGGAAGCGACUCGCUAUCCUCAUCACACUCGCAGUCUUUGACCAAUGGUCUGGCAACGGCCUCGUAUCAUACUACCUCACCAAGAUCUUGUCAAGUAUCGGCAUUGCAACCCAGCACGAACAGACUAUGCUGAACGGAACCAUAAGUACUGUCAAUUAUGCAACGGCUCUUUUCGCCGCUGUCUUAUCCACCAAAGUCGGCCGUCGUUCUAUGUUUGUUGGAGGUGGCAUUGCAAUGUUUCUCACAUUCUCAGCACUCACUGCGAGUAUUGCGAUAUACAACGAGACCGGCUCCAAGGCAGCAAGCAAGUCCGCCCUAGCGUUCAUCUUUAUCUACUACACUUCAUUCAAUAUCUGCCUCAACCCGCUCUUGUUCUUGUAUCCCACCGAGAUUCUGCCCUUCAGGCUUCGAGCCAUGGGACUGAGUAUUCUAGUUUUCUCUACCAAAGCAGCUUCGUUCUUCAAUCAAUUUGUCAACCCUGUUGGUAUGGAUUCUCUCGGUUGGAAAUAUUAUCUUGUUUAUGUUGGUUGGCUGUUGGUCGAGAUUGCUGUCUUCUGGUGUCUUUACCCGGAGACGAAAGGUUACACACUUGAAAGAAUUCAGGAAGCGUUUGGAGAGGACGUCAAGUUGGAUGGGCCUGAGGAAAACGGUAAGAUGAUGGAGGUGAAUGACGAGGACAGUACCCACGUUGAGAAGGUGGCCCAGUCCACGGUCAAUUUUGCGUGA